AUGGAGAUGGACUCUGCCCACCCCGCCACCACUCCCAGCGCCGACAAGGCAUCCUCGGACGCGACGCCCGCCGCUUCCCUGUGCCCCCCCUCGGCGUCGCCGCAGUUUCAGACUGGCAGAGUACGGACGCGAUUAGUGCACGCCAUUGAUAUUCUCACACUACUUCAACAGCUUUACUUUCAGUCAGAUCUGAAAGUGAUUGUCUUGCAUACAUUCAGAUUCAGGCGUGUCCCGCCUUGGAAUGGAGGGUUUGCAGAUGGAAGACAAUCAUAUUGGUCCUCAUGGCAAUGUUGGAUGCUAUCUUUAAGUAGAUUCACAAGUUUUGUAGUUGAAUUUUAUGGAAUUGCAGUUCAAUUAUGUCCAUGUAAUAAGCCAUCUAGGUGUGGAAUUUGGUUCUAAUGAAUAUAUGUUGGGCACUAUGGUGCCCCCAUUCUGAAACAUAUGAUAUUUAGAAUGUGUGUGGUCAAACUUUCUUCACUGUGACCGCUAGUACAUACAAAAACUUACUGUCAAACUUCCAUUGUGAACUAUCGCCUUUAUGUUCUACUUCUAACUUCUAACACAAAGUAGUGUGUUUUUGUUCUGACCAGGCAUCACUAAAUCAGGAUGUCAGUUAUGCCGAGGGUUACUUGCUGAUCAACUGGUUAUGUGCAAAACACAUCCAACUAGUGAUGGAUCUGUAUGUAGGCACCGGCAGAGAUUUGUUUUUCGGCCGAAAAAAAAAAUCAGAUUUUGGCCAUCUCGGCUUGGGGCGAAAAGUCACUUUCGGCCAAAAAAAACAUUUCUGAUUUUGGUCAAAUUUGGCGAAUUUCAGCCGUGCCGCCACCGUUGGAUUCUCCGACCGCCGGCAAAUCUCGCUUCCC